CCUUGUGAACCCGCGGCCGGUCCAGACAGCAAGGUUCAAAUCACGCCUGCUUCUGCCAUGGCAAAUCUGGGGUUCUUCCAGAUGCUAAAGAAGAAGAGAGAACUUAUUCCUCUGAUUGGAUUUGUGAGCUUGGCCGGCGUCGGGGCAGUGCUGUCUUCCCUGUACGCCUUCACCAAAAGCGACGUGAUUGUAAACAAAAAGGGCAAUCCAGAACCAUGGCAACAUGUGGAUCCUACCAAACCCCAGAAGCUGGUAACAAUCAACCAGGAGUGGAAACCCAUAGAAGAGCUGGAAAAAGUCCGAAAAGUUAUGAAGUGACCCGGAAGCAGUCUUUCCAAAUAACACUCUAUGAAUCUAGUGGAAUCAUUUCUGCACAAACUAGAGGAUUGAAACCAGUGUGCGGAAAUGCUUCUGCUACAUUUUUAGGGUCUCCCUCCAUAUAUUUUUUUUGGGAUCUGGAUGAGGACAUUACUGUUUGCUUGGCAAGUGGCUAUACAGGCAUCCACGCAAGUUCAAAAAUAAAGGGCUGGUCCACGUUCACAACAGCCGCAUUUGUUCUGAAUCAUGGAGUUUGCUAUUUGAUAUUCUAGCAGGAGGUAAAAGGCUUUCUGUGAGUUUUCAAAGGAGUUGCGUUGUUUUUGUCUGAUGCAAUGCUGUGUGUCAUUUAUGGUGCUUUCAAUAAACAUUUGUACACUGAA